CUGUCAAUUGUCAUACCAGCAAGGCAUAAGCUGUUCAAGUCUUCGAGCUGUGUUUAAAUAUUUUUUGUUUGACUGUGAGUUUUAACUCUUCAAAAAACCUUAUUAACUAUCGAGAGAUAACUGUUCAAUAUUAUUUACUUUAAAACCGGAAUGUAAGUGCUACGAACAUAUUAUUUGAUAAUUUAAACAAUUCGCAAAACAAGUAAUUUUAGUGAUCAGACUCAUUUGAAGAAUGAUUUAUCAAUUGUAUUAUAUAGAAUGUUUGCUGUGUUCUUAAAACGAUAUAAAGGCAUGAUCCUCGCUAGUAUAUUAUUUUUUUAUUUAGGUUGUGGUAUUACUUUAAGUUUCAUUAGGAUAGAAUGUGCAUCUCCAACAUCAAACGCUAGCACAAGAAAAAGUAAGGAAAACUUUGACAACAAUUUAGAUAAAAUAGAAUAUGCUGUGUUAAUCAUCAGCAACCCCUUGAAUGAGGCGAAACGUGAUGCGAUAAGAGCAACAUGGGCUAAUUUUAUUGAUAAUAUAUUUAUAGAAAAUGGUGAACAUUUAUAUAAAUGGAAUCAUACUUGGACUGGGAACAGUAUUAAACAUGAACUUAUUAAAUGUUUUUUCAUUGUGGGAACUGAAGGCUUGGACACAGAGAGGAUGAAAAAGAUCCAAGCUGAACACACUAGAAGUAAUGAUUUACUACUUUUGAAUAAUUUUGAGGAUAGUUACAAAAACUUAGCUAAAAAAUUAAUUCACUCUUUAGAAUGGAUGAGUAAUAAUUUAAAAGAUCUAAAAUAUGUCAUUAAGUGUGAUGAUGACUCAUUUGUUAGAGUUGACUUAAUUGUAAGAGAUCUUGAGGCUUUUGCUCCAGAAAUGAGUGGACCAACGAUCAGCCAAUAUGUCACUUAUAAGAAAUCUCUACCUACAUAUAAAGGUUUAUAUUGGGGUUAUUUUGAUGGUAGAGCGAAGGUGUUUUUAAAUGGUAAAUGGCAAGAAAAAGAAUGGUUUCUAUGUGACACAUAUCUACCAUAUGCGCUUGGGGGAGGCUAUGUUAUUUCCCGUAGUAUUGUUGACUACAUAGCCAAAAAUUCACAAUUUCUAAGUCAUUAUAAUUCAGAAGAUGUUUCAAUGGGAGUUUGGACAGCGGCCCUUGAUGGUAUCAAUAGAGUACAUGAUACCAGAUUUGAUACAGAAUGGAAAUCUCGAGGCUGUGACAGCAAUAUGCUUGUCCGCCAUAAACAAACACCCAUGGAUAUGUUCCAGAUGUAUAAAACAUUAAUUCAUUCACAGGGAACUAAACUAUGCAAGACUGAAUCAGCUUUAAGAAAAUCUUAUCAUUAUAAUUGGAAUGCACUGCCAAGUAUAUGUUGUAAAUAGACAAAUUAGUACAUUUUUCUUUUUAAAAAAUUUAAUCUCAUCACAACAACUCUUCUUUUUUAUAAAUUUCAUGCAUACUUUGAGUUAGUGAGAUAUAAAAUUUCUAGUCUAUAUUAUAAUAGUAUUUUUUGUAUUUCUUAUUAAAUUGUGUGGAUCGUUUUAUACAAUUUGAUGAUUAUGUGGUUACUGCUGUUCUGUAACUUAAAAUUGGGCUUGUACUGUGUGUGAAAUUUAUUUGUGCAAUUUAUAUAUAAUAUAAAUUUAAUUAAGUCUAAUGUGUAUUGGUUUGAAUAAAGUAAAGUAGGCUUGAUUUACAAAGUCGAGAUGAAAGUGAAAUCAUUUUCAGCAAUCAAUAAAAACAA